AUGUGGGUCCUUGGAAUCGGGAAAGUCCUGAAUGGUAGCGUCGCCCCUGCAAGUCCUUUCCCGUCUCUUGCUGGGGUAAAUGGUGUGGCAAUAAGAGGAUACCCAUUCCAUGUCCUGUCAGCCGUGAAACUGGCACCGCUCGAUCAGUCGAAGGUCUUCACUUUGGCUUUGAUAGAUGCAAAGAUCGCUGAUGUAAAGAACAACACCUUUGCUGGGUUUCCUGGUCUAUACAAAUUGUCCCUAAAUUCUAACAGGUUGACCCAUGUCAAGCAGACUUGGUUCACUGGCUUGGUGGGCCUCUUUGUGCUGAUUUUGUCCAACAAUAACAUCAAGCAGAUAGAGCCAGGAAGCUUCGGGCGCCUGACUCACCUAUAUCUGUUGGACCUGGAGAACAACCUGUUAAAGGUUGUACAUCCUUCCUGGUUCUUUGGGCUGAAAAGUAUGAGGUCCCUGAAUCUGAGGUCGAAUGCAAUCAAUAGCAUUUCUCCGGCAUCAUUCCAACAGCUACGGCUCAACCGGUUAGACCUGAGGGAUAAUGAUCUGUCAUGUUUGGAUGGAGAGGUGUUGUGGGGACAGACUAUGCUAUCACGGCUAGAUGUCAGCAGUGGUAUGUUGUCGUCUUCCCAUGAUGCAAUGCCACACAAAAUGAUGUGGAGUCUACAUCGGGUAGCCAGUGUGACGAGAGGGUUAGUUACAGUGGUCGUUGAGGUAACUCAGUUCCUCUUCUGUGCCAGGCAAAAUGCUCACGAACUCUCGUUUGGGUGGAUGUUUGUUUCAUCCGUCAACGUGGCUGGUAACACCGAAUUUGGAUUGCUUAACCCUGGCAGAUCAUGUGGUGAUUUGGAUAGCUCUCUGAGCACGAUCUCCAUCCAGCCCCCUGUAGUUGUCCUGGCUUCUAACGGCUCUCUGGCAGACACACUGGACACCAAAACGCUUGAGCAGUGCGGGCAGGUUUGGGAAUAUGACGAGUCUGGCAGUAGCCAACAGCACACUACUCACACAGACAUCACCCAUGACAAGACAAAGAACAUCACUUGCAUUCUUCUCACCAGAGGCGAACACAAAAAGGUGUUCUUCACUGUCCCCUUGGUUCAGCGUAACACCCACACAAUAGAAACAACAUACAGAACGGGCACUGACCGCUCCAGCAGUCCGACACACUACUUUGAUACUACAGAGAAAGACUACACAUCUUCAGAACCGGUAGACCUGUUUACACUUGAGGGUAAUACCACACCUGGACCGGAUGUAGAGGUGGUUCAGACACCAGGUCAUGUUCUCAUCCCAGCUGUUGUCUCGACAGUGGUUGUUCUGGUCGUGUCGUCCCUUGCAGUGUUGAUAUGGAAGGUGUGCGCAGCAAGGUCAAACACCGAGGAUAAUGACAGGGACAACGACGAUGCACACAUUUGGACAAUCCCGCCUGGCGUUACCUUCCCCGGCUUGCUGAGGUCCGCUUCUCUCCCCACGUGUUCAGGUAAGAUGGCGUCGGAUGACGCAGUCUCCUGUAGGUCAUUGCCCGCUGUCCUGCAUUCCAUCGAACCUUACAGCGUGAUCCCAGAUGACGUAGCGACUGCACAGAGGCCUUUGCCCGGUCUCCCACACGUGUACUGUGAGAUCCCAGAUGACGUGAUCCCCGGUGUGGUCCGGUCAGCAUCCCUCCCUGCGUGUACUCGCGGGGCCGGUCCAGAGGACGCGACAUCCUGUAGGUCAUUGCCGGCUGUCCUACCGUCCAUUGAACCCACCUACAGCCAGAUCCCAGAUCACAUGCCCGCUGCAAACCGCCCCCUGCCCGCCCUCCCGCACACUUACUGGGAGAUCCCAGAUCACCACAAUGCCACACAACGUCCCCUGCCUGCCUUACAUCAUACCUACAGCGAGAUCCCAAAUGACGAGGAGAGCGGACCGAUGUCUUUCUAUGCUGAUGCUGGAGAGAUCUCGCUUCAUGUCGUCAGAAACAGGCGACAGAACCGACGGUCUGGACGAUCCAUGGCCACAUAUGGGACGACGUCGACUGGACAGACCAACGGCCAGCGAAAUCCCUUCUACAGAAACGCCGCCGAGGUCGAAGGUAUUAGAGCCCGGCGACAGCAGAGGACAGCUUUGGUAUCUCAGCCUGCUGACCAAGGGGAGGGAACCCGUAACACACCACGGCGUGCGUCCCUCCCCACCGUCACACUACCUAACACCUACUGGCCAUGGGAGAUCCCAUGGGAGGGAACCUGUAACACACCACGGCGUGCUCCCCUCCCCACCGUCAAACUACCUAACACCUACUGGCCAUGGGAGAUCCCAGGGGAGGGAACCUGUAACACACCACGGCGUGCGUCCCUCCCCACCGUCACACUACCUAACACCUACUGGCCAUGGGAGAUCACAGAGGAGGGAACACGUAACACACCACGACGUGCGUCCCUCCCCACCGUCACACUACCUAUAAACACCUACUGGCCAUGGGAGAUCCCAGGGGAGGGAACCCGUAACACACCCCGACGUGCGUCCCUCCCCACCGUCACACUACCUAACACCUACUGGCCAUGGGAGAUCCCAGGGGAGGGAACACGUAACACACCACGGCGUGCAUCCCUCCCCCUCACACCACCUAACACCUACUGGCCUUGGGAGAUCCCAGGGGAGGGAACACGUAACACACCACGGCGUGCGUCCCUCACACUACCUAACACCUACUGGCCAUGGGAGAUCCCAGGGGAGGGAACCCAAAACACAGCACAGCCACGGCGUGCGUCCCUCCCCACCGUCACACUACCUAACACCUACUGGCCAUGGGAGAUCACAGAGGAGGGAACCCAAAACACAGCACAGCGUUCGUCCAUUCACCUCACACUAUCUAACACCUAUUGGCCAUGGGAGAUCCCAGGGGAGGGAACCUGUAACACACCACGACGUGCGUCCCUCCCCACCGCCACACUACCUAACACCUACUGGCCAUGGGAGAUCCCAGGGGAGGGAACCUGUAACACACCACGGCGUGCGUCCCUCCCCACCGCCACACUACCUAACACCUACUGGCCAUGGGAGAUCCCAGGGGAGGGAACCUGUAAC